GCUGGCGGCCCCUCUUGGCGCGCGGGGAGGCCGCGGCGCCGGCGCGCGGCGGGCACCGCCCCCUGCUCGCCUGGCGGCGCGGCGGCGGGCGGGAGCGGCGGCGAUGGCGGACAGCGCCAGCGAGAGCGACACGGACGGCGCCGGCGGCAGCGGCGGCGGUCCGGCGGGGCCCCUGACGGCUGGCGGGCCGGCGGCGGGGCCCGGCUCGGCGGUGGCGGGCGGCGGCUCGGGGGGCAAGGCGGGCGGGAUCGUGAUCUCGCCGUUCCGGCUGGAAGAGCUGACGAACCGCCUGGCCUCGCUGCAGCAGGAGAACAAGGUGCUGAAGAUCGAGCUGGAGACCUACAAGCUCAAGUGCAAGGCGCUUCAGGAGGAGAACCGCGACCUGCGCAAGGCCAGCGUCACCAUCCAAGCAAGGGCAGAGCAAGAGGAGGAAUUCAUCAGUAACACUCUAUUUAAGAAGAUUCAAGCUCUGCAGAAAGAAAAAGAAACACUUGCAGUAAACUAUGAAAAGGAAGAGGAAUUUCUCACUAAUGAGCUCUCAAGAAAACUGAUGCAGCUGCAGCAUGAGAAGGCUGAAUUGGAGCAGCAUUUAGAGCAGGAACAGGAAUUUCAAGUGAACAAACUGAUGAAGAAGAUCAAAAAACUGGAAAAUGAUACAAUUUCAAAGCAGCUCACCCUGGAGCAGUUAAGACGUGAGAAGAUUGACCUUGAAAAUACUUUGGAACAAGAACAAGAAGCACUAGUGAAUCGUCUGUGGAAAAGGAUGGAUAAGCUUGAAGCAGAAAAACGAAUUUUGCAGGAGAAAUUAGACCAGCCAGUAUCUGCUCCACCAUCACCCAGAGACAUAUCAAUGGAAAUAGAUUCUCCAGAAAAUAUGAUGAGGCAUAUCAGAUUUUUAAAGAAUGAAGUGGAGAGGUUGAAGAAACAGCUGAGGGCUGCACAGUUACAGCAUUCAGAGAAGAUGGCACAAUAUUUAGAAGAGGAGCGACAUAUGAGAGAAGAAAACUUGAGACUUCAAAGAAAAUUACAGAGGGAAAUGGAACGUAGGGAAGCACUCUGCAGGCAACUGUCAGAAAGUGAAUCCAGCUUAGAAAUGGACGAUGAAAGAUAUUUUAAUGAGAUGUCUGCACAAGGAUUAAGACCUCGCACUGUGUCCAGUCCUAUCCCUUAUACACCCUCACCAAGUUCUAGCAGACCUAUAUCACCUGGUCUGUCAUAUGCAAGUCACACAGUUGGUUUCACACCACCAACUUCACUGACUAGAGCUGGAAUGUCUUACUACAAUUCCCCAGGCCUCCAUGUACAACAUAUGGGACCAUCCCAUGGUAUUACAAGGCCUUCACCACGAAGAAGUAACAGCCCUGACAAAUUUAAACGUCCCACUCCUCCUCCUUCUCCAAACACGCAGACCCCAGUGCAGCCACCUCCGCCACCACCUCCACCACCUGUGCAACCUACGGUCCAAUCCGCAGCAUCGCAGUCAGCCACUUUUCAACAUUCAGUGCAUCCCUCCUCUCAGCCUUAGUGCAUGUGCUCAGCAGUCUGUAUGUCAGAAGUGGACUCAUAACAUGGAGCAGUUUACUAAAAGCCAAAGGCUUACUUGGCAUAUUUGGAUUUGACUUAUUUGCACUGAGGUUAUAUAGGCUUCACUGUUAAUUGUGUUGUAAACGUUUGUAUAAAAUGCAGCCAGUGUUGUGGGUCUACAACACUAACUUAACAAAGUUUUCCAUCGGUGUUUACUUGAACUACAUGUAUGUCCAUUCUCUGGCUGGAACAUUUGCUACUCUGUUUGGUAAUACGGCAUUAUGUCGUUUUGCUUGGCUCCAAAGCUUCAUUUUCCUGGCUUUUAGGUUUGUAAAAUUAAAGGGAUACCUUUUUAUAUUUUUUCAUGACAAUUUGCAGAAAACUAAAGGCAUGAUGGGCUCUAUGAUAAAUUCUGAAACAUGACAGUGUUUACCAAGCUUAUGGAAAAUCAGCACUAUGUUUCAUAACAGCUUCUAGUGCAAAAGUGAGUCAGACACUCUAAUCAGUGCCGAAGACACAUACUUUACUGUGUAGUAAAUAAGCUUAAUUCAGCACACAGGACACAUCCAUACUUCUGUUACAAGCACCUCAAAUGUAUGGUACAGUCUGAAUUUUACAGUGAGGGAACUGGCUUGUUGGAGUCUGUGGAAUGUAGAAUUCGUGGACCUUAAGAUUUGAUGAUUUCACUUGACAUUUACGUUAACCUGUAAGCUGCCCAUACUGUGUGAUCUGUCACAAUUAAGUUUGGUAAGUGUGGUCCUGCCCACAGGUUACUGAUAGCUAAUUAAAGUGUGCUCUUUGAUUUUAUUUUUUUGCUGCAGAAGGCAAUGUGAUUGUAGAGAACAGCUGAUGAUAUUUUUUCCCUUGUUAAAAUAUAUUAAUUGUGAUUCCCCUGAAGCAAAGUUUGAACAGGUAUUUUAAAUGUUCAAAAGUCUGUUAAAAAGUAAGAUAUGAGCAUAUAGGAAUAUAUUGGCGUAACAGCCAAAAUGUUGUAUUGCUUGGUAGAAACAGUACAAGAAAGUAGCACAACAUGGCACUAAUGAAUGCUUCUUUAGCAGCCUAAGCCGGUACAAUGUAUAAAAGAAAUGUAUUCUCAAUACAUUCUUUCCAUUCAUUUAGCACAAAUAAAUUGGUUUCACUUUGCAGUGGAACAAAGUGUCACUUCUUGAUAUUGACAUCUUACUUGGUUACAUUUUUUUCUGAGGUUCCUGUUGAGUACUGAGGUUUAUACAUUAUGGAUGAUUUUAAGUGGUUUACCUCAUAUAUAUAUAUGGAUAUGUGGGCCAUGGAAAAUGACAAGAGAAUGUUUAUUUUAUGAGAAUAUGUAUCUGGCUAUAAUCAGAGCAGAACAUGAGUAAUUUAUCUUUUGUUUACAAAAGUUUGUUUGACAUGCCUAAUGCUUUAUUAAGGACAUUUUUAAGAAGGAAGUACAGCAUUCUGUAGUAUACUAACACUUGUACAUAUAUUUUCAUGUUUGCCGCUCACUUAUUCAGUAAGAACUGCAAACUGAAAAUCUUUCUUAAAAUUAGUGCUCUAAAUCAAAAUAGUAAGUUAAAAUAAUGUUGUAAAAGGUUCCGCUUAAGGCAAAACUGGAAUUUCUUCAUGAUAGCUAUGUAGUUUCAGCUCUGAGAGAAUGUAGAGAAAUGCAUAUCAAGUCUAUUACACUUCUUAAACCAAUAUGGGAUCAAGUGCAUUAUCAAAUCACAUUAGUUAUGGUAGUGACUCUCCAAUCAAGUGAUUCUCCAGAUUGUUACAGACGUAAAAUUUGACCGGUGCUUCCAUCUGAAAAUAAUUGACUAGCAGAUGCUCACCUUUCCAGAGAGGUAACUCAGCUGUGAGCAUUGUAAUUAAACAGAACUCCUGAAUCAGUGGUAGGAUUACAUGUGAGAAAAUUACAGGCAGUCAGAGGUGGGACUGAGGCCAGGAUAGGAUUGAUUUAGUUUGCCGCUUGUCCUUUUGUAAACAUAAGACGAAUAAAAAAAUAUGUUCAUUUAUAAGUAGGGUUUCAGCCCAAGCAUACCACUGUUUGAAAUGGUACCCUCCUUUCUGAAGUGCUUUGAGAUUCUUGGACAUACUCUACAGACCACAAGUUCAGUGGUGGUAGUAUGAGUGCGGGGGGAGGGAGGAAAGCCUUUGACAGUGUUGUUUUAAGAUCUUAAAAUGGAAAAUUACCUAGAAUAAUUUACAUUUGAAGCAUAUUCCAAAACUGAAUUUGUGUAACCCAAGUUCAGCUGCUGUUAUAAAGUGUCUUAGUGAACUCUCCUUACUAUUCAGUGGGACUGUUACCAGAGGAAAGUAAAGAACUGACAAAUGUAUAUUAAAUCUUGAAAGUGUAACAAGGCGCUAAAUUGGCCUUACCUAAGAACAUUGAACAAACAUUUGCUUGCAAUCAGAAGUGUUAAACUCUAUUUGUAGACUUUUUGAAUAAGAUGAGACAUUGUGCACAACCAUCUCCUAAUAAAUGUAAAUGGAUUUUCAGUUUUCCUUGUGAAUUAUAUUCAUGAAUUAUGAUUCUGCAGCUGUGAUUUUAUCCAAUAUUCUGUAGACUGGAGAGACUCACUUGACAGUGAGGUCCAGGCUUACUAUGAAGGCUUAAGUGCUUGGCUUCUUUAGCGCAGAAGCACCUGGGUGGGUUUUUGUUAUCUUUUUCAUUACUAAUGCCUGUCAGUUGCACACUGCAUCAUCACUAGUUGUGUAAGGCCACAGAAGCAAUUUUGAGCUGUGAUUAGCAUUUUGUGAGUGUACCCCUUUACAGCUAAAGGUUAAAAAAACUCCCAUAUAUAUAUAUCUUCUAGCUGUUUCAGCAGUGCUAUACUCUCUGACGAUCAAGCAGCUUUCUUUUUACUUUUUCUCUGAAGGGAUCUGGCUCGGACACUGGAAUGCAGCUGAUACUCUGUAGAGCAUUGUUUAUUUUAUCCACAGUUUGUUCCAGAGAAGUUCUUUGGAAAAAAGAGUUGGGACUGUUUGGAGAUCCUAUUCCAGCUAACAGCCUGGGAAGGCUGUUUUAAUUACAUGUACUCCUCUGAGAGUGUGUUCCCAAGGGCAGAAAGGGCUAUCAGAGUUUUUCAAGAAAAUGUCAGUGCUUUUCUGUUGGCAAUCACUGUUCUGGAGCUGAACAGAACAGGAUUCCUUUCCUGUUAAAACGUUCCCAUUCAGGAAUCCACCCACCUGGAUGAAAUUCUUGUGCACUUCAGCUGAAUGAAAAAUGCAGUCUUGGAAGCAAUGAGGAAGCUUCCUGGGAUCUGUUCAAGUUGCACUGCUAACAGGAGACAAUAUAGACUCUAUAUUUUGUUAAUAAAUAGAAACUGAUCAUGGAGACAAAUAAAAAAGCCUCAAAUACUUUGUCAGAGAAGCUCAGUCAUUCAUCCUCAGCAUUGAUUAUUGCUUACUAAGAUUAUUGCUUACAUCCAGGGACCUUGUUUAAGUCUUGUAGUGCUUUUUCUGAUCCUAAUGCUUCAUUUUACAAGCAGUAUGAGUUCUAAUACUGUUCAACUCUUUUUGAUGUUUCCUUUUUGUUUCAGUCAUGGCAGUCUAUUUCUUUUUGAUCCUUGGGAGUCUACAGAGCAUGGACUAUCCAGAGCAUGUUUCUCCAUUUCAAGCCAUCUCAUAAGAAACCAGAAGGUUUAUGAGUGUAAGCUAUAAAAUUAUAAUACAUGCAUAUGUUGCAACAACCUCCUUGAAGGGGAAGAUCUGUCCUUUUGAAGAGAGAGAAAGCAGAGCCCCUCAUUACCAAAUGGCCUGUAUGCAUAAAGACAAUCUGGUUUCCUCAGUUCCCUGAGGAGCUGAAUUCCUCUCCCAGCCCUUUUUGGAUUUGGACUAGAGUUCUUAAUAUUUUAACUUUUUUUAAAUUCCACCUCUCACUGUAAGAAGUACUCAGGAUACCCUUCAUGUUCCUUUUGGGUAAUAACCACUAGUCCCAGUACAAAGAGAAGCUAAGAGUCAUUGCCACUUUGCGGACUAGAGAACGUCACUGAAUAUGCCAGACUGUGGCCUUUAAGAUGCAGUUGUAAUACAAGUGUGCUUAUGUAGUUUUUUUUCAAGCAGCUGUUGCUGGUUUUGCAUUAGUAGUGUGCUCUGAAGAGGAGAUAAAACUAUGGAGCUUGGCACUGCAUUGGCAGACAGCUGCUACAUUAGGGAGAAUAGU